GGCGUUUGGAUUCUAUUUCCCAGGGUGCCUUGAGGGAGCGGUGCCAGGCCAAGAGUGGAGGUGAGGUGGUAACUUUGGAACUGAGUGCCGCCUGGGGGUGGGAGACAAGAUGUCCCGAUGACCGUGGUGACCCUAUCCCGCCUUCUGGUGCCCAGCAGAAUUCUCAGCCCGGAAGCCAAUGGAGCUGUGAUGUCAUCGAUGUGGGUAGUCCCUCCAGCCGGGCAGAUAGCCACCCCUCUACACCUCAUGCAAUUCUAGUCCAAAAAAUUAUUCUCCCAGCGACCCAGAGGCUUUCCUCUUAAGCCUUUUUGCAAGUCAAGCUGCCUAUCUCUUAUUCUGAGUUGUUGAAAUAAGGAAUAAAUGAAUGAAUAAAUAAUUAAGGCAGACAGACCAAUUCCUAAAGAUACACAGAUGACCCCAAGCAGCCAAGUCUGAUGGGAGAAGAGAUGUGGAUGGUCUCAGACAAAAGAUAAUGAAAUAUACUUCCCUCUACUCAACAUAGAGGAAGGUUCAAUCAGGAGGGAAGGAGGGUAUCCCCUCCCCUUCCAGGAAUCACUAAUGUAAAUCCAAAAAGUCAUCAGCAAAAUGUAUUUUUAAGGGAGAUAUAAAGAAUUGCUAAAGUUAUCAUCUCAUCCUCAUGCUCAAGGCUUUCACACAGGGAGGCCACAGAAAUAACGUUCAAAAAAGGAUAUGGUCUCUGAUACCAGACAUCCUCCCCCUUGUAGGGGGAUUAAACAUAAUAUGGGCACAGACCUAACCAGAUGAACUGUGUAAAGACCCUGUUGACAGGAGUCCGAGGAUCCCUAAAAUGGCAAGAAAAUAAAAUCAGUUACCAAAAUAUAUACAUAUAUGUCCAACAUUAGCCAUGUCACAAAAAAAAGAAAAAGUUUCAACCUGCACUCCACUUUCAUCAGAUUACUAUCUGGAGGCCACAAAAAUGAAGAAAGGCCUGAAAAGUUCAAUUGAUGAUGUGCUUGGUGACCUCUUGGAUGACACCAUGCCACCUGAAAAGCCUCUCCAACCAGCUGCAAAUCCCAGCCUAGGAUCAUCUCAAGGCUUUCCUUCAAGGGCCAGAAAAAAGUCCAUUAUAGAAGAUGACUUCUUCAGCACCAUGGCAGCCCAGGCAGGUGCAGAUGCUGAGUUUUCUGAUAUCUCAGAUGCAGACCCACAGGCUUUGCUACAGUCUCUGAAGGAUAUGGAUGACAUGGAUGCUGACCUCUUAGGCUUGAAGAAAUCUAGUCAAGCCAGUAAUAAAACAGCUGCAAAAGAGGAGUUUCCUGGUGACUUCUCUAGACCUACAGGAAAACCAAUAGCCAAUGAGAAAGAAGAUACUACUAAGAAGCCUGUGCCUUCCACUGGGAGCACUGGACGCCCAUACAAGAAGUUUUCCUUUGAUGAUUUAGAGGACCCUUUGGCAGGACUUCUGUCUGAUGAAGAGGAAGGAAUUGCUAAGAAGCCACCUAUGAAAGAGACUAAAACAGUUCCUGAAAAGAAUCCUACCAUAGUUAAAAAUCAAGCUCCUGUUGACACCCCUGUCCUAAAGAAGGAGGAAUUGAAGUUUGAUGAUGGGGAUGACUUCAUGGCCACCCUUGGGUUUGGAGACAGUCCUAUGGCAGAGCGGAAGCAUGAAAAGGGAGACCAGGAUGGCCCCCGCCCUGCUCGCUCUAAACUGGAUGAGCUGCUGGGACGAGGGACUGCCUCCAAGCUCCUGGAGCGACCAGGCACUGGGGAGCUCCGGGAGUUCAGGUUGGAUAAGAAGUACCAGAAGCAGCCUGAUAAAGAAGACCCCUGGGGAGAUGAUGACUUUGCCUUUGGGGCCUACCAGCCCACAGUGGUCUCCUCUGAGAGCCGACAGUCCCGUAGGCAGUCUGUCAGCAGAUUCUCAGCGGAGAGUCUCACCAAUCCUAAGGGAGAGCAGUGCUCCAAACAAAGUACACCUAUCACAGCCAGCCCCGCUCAUACUGCAAAGGGAGGAGCUGACUGGUUGGGCCUCAAGGAUGAAGACUUUGACCUGCUCCCUCCAUCUCCUACCAAAGAUUCCAGCAAGGUUGGCUCAGCAAUGGCUAUACCUUCAGGAUAUAAUCCUCCAGCCCGGCACUCUGCUCCAGCCAGACUGCCCGUGUCAGGGAUGAAGGCACCUCCCAAUGCUACAGCUGACCUUCACAAACCCAGCCUGGCUCCUAAUCUGGAAACAUCAGAGGAAAACAAAGAGGAUGAUUGGCUAAGCCAUGCCUUGUCUCGGAAAAAAUCUCAGAAUUUAGCUAAAGAAGAACAGCCUGGGACUUCUAAAGGUCUGAGUCCCUCUGAAACAUCAGAUCUUCCCUUGGUCAGCCAACCUCUUGCCAGUACCCAAAGGCCUGAGCAAACAGCUGCCAGAAGAACCCCAGGGACAGCACAAGAAGCUGAACCUGCACGCCUCAAAGGCAAUGGAGUUCCUCAGACUGAUGCCCACUCCUGGACACCAGCUGCCCCUGUACUUCCUGCAGUUGAAACAAAAAGAGACACUUUUCCUGGAGAAGUUCCCAGUACUGCUUGUUUCCGGAGAUCCCAAGAAUUAACAGGGACUUCCAUGCCUCUGCAGGGCCUUUUCCCAGAAAGCCUAGCCCUGAGUUUGCUCCCAGGAGGAGAGUAUCAGAAGAGGAUCCUGGCUGCACAGGCCCAGCUACAAUGUGGCACAGCAGAACUCCACGAGGAGCUAUUAAAAAGUCAGGCCCGACAGGCAGAGCUGGAGACCCAGGUUCGGAAGCUAGAACUAGAGAGAACUCAGCAACAUAUCCUGCUGGAGAGUUUGCAGCAGCGGCACCAGGCAGACUUGGAGCUUAUUGAGAAUGCACACAGGAGCAGGAUCAAGGUGCUAGAGACAUCAUACCAGCAGCGGGAAGAGCGACUGCAGAGGGAAAAUGAGGAUCUUACAGCUCAGUAUCUGUCUCACUGCCAGGAGGCAGAGCAUGCCAGAGCUGAGCUCCUGGCACAACACCAGCGUCGUCUUGCUGCUGCCGAGCAAGAGAAGGAUCAGGAGAUUGAGAGGCUCCAGAAUUUACAGCGGGCAUCCAUUCUAGAGAUACGUAAAGACCAUGAGGAGCAGCUACAGAGAUUGAAGCGGCUGAAGGACCGAGAAAUUGAUGCUGUUACCAGUGCUACCUCUCAUACCCGGUCCCUCAAUGGGGUCAUUGAGCAAAUGGAGAAGUUUUCCUGUAGCCUUAAUGAGCUUUCAUCCCGGGUGGAAGCCACUCACCUUACCAACUCCCAGGAACUAGAGAUGGGAGCCCGUCAGCGUGAUAAGCAGCUCCAAGCCCUUCAGGAAAGGUUGACUCUGCAGCAGCGGGACAUGGAGGAUGAGAGGAACAGGCUACAUGAGAUCAUUGGAAAGAUGGAGGCCCGACUAAGUGAACAGAGCCGUCUCCUAGAGCAGGAACGCUGGAGAGUGAGUGCUGAGCAGUCCAAAGCAGAGUCCACACAACGUUCACUGGAGGAGCAGAGGAGGGUCAUGAACCAGCAGCUCAGCAUGGAGAGGGAGGAGUUGGAGAGGGCCAAGAGUGCUUUACUGGAGGAGCAGAAAUCAAUCAUGCAUAAGUGUGCAGAGGAGGGGCGGCGGCUGGCCACAGAGUGGGCCGAUUUCCAUGCCCAACAAAAGCUAAGUAAAGAGCGGGCAGAGCGUGAGGCUGAGCGCAUGCUGCAGGUGGACUCAAAGAGGGAAGGGACCAUCGUCAGUCUGGCCAAGGAACAAGCGGAGCUGAAAAUCAGAGCAAAUGAGCUACGACUCCGGGAGGAACAGUUGGCAGGAGAGCAGGAGACUCUGGAGCGUGAGAGGCAAGAACUGAGGCUGGAGAAAGAGAAGAUCAACGCGGCUGCCCUGCGCAUCAAACUCCGGGCUGAGGAACUGGAGAACAUGAGCAAGGUGGCCUCUCAGAAGUAUGAGGAGGGAGAGCGGACACUUCUAGAGGCUCACAAGCUGCAAUCAGAGCACCAGGCUCGGCUCCAGCUUGUGCAGCAACAGCAGGAACGACUCCGACAGCAAGAACAGCAACUGCAUCAGGAGCAUCUGAAUUUGGCUCAAAAGAGACGGCAGCUGGAUCAUCUUCACCUGAAUCUUCCCUCUCCUGUUAUGGGGCUAGACCGUGGGAUCCAAGUCCUUAAUUCUUCCAGCCUGAAUCCUGUCCCCUCUUCUGCUGUUGCCAUUUCCCGACACAGCCAGCCUCCAGCAAGCCUGGGCCCUUCCCAUUUACAUGCCAAACUGGUGCUGCUGAAACACAUGGCUGAGAAGGACCGGGACUUUUUAGAGGAUGAGAAAUUCUUCUUGGAGACACUGAAAAAGACUUCCUACAGCAUGACACCUCAUACAGCCUGAGUGCCACUCUGGCCUUUCAGCUGGGAGAGCUCAGAUGCUAGAAUCCUCACCUACUACGCUCUGCCAGCUUGUCUACUAAUUUUCAUCUCAUAACAUCAGCAGAGACGGCACCACCACAAACCAUGCUGGGCUCCUCCCGUUGCCUCUGAGGCACCCUUCGGACUACUUACACCCAUUUGUCCCAAGUGAAAACGUGUUCCUGAUCACCUCAUUCAUUGUUCGUUAUCCAGGCAUAGCAUCUGCUUCAAUGAGGGAAGAAGAGCAGAGAAUAGUUUUCUUCGUUGCUGGCCAGAUCUUGGCCAGCCUCCACUCUUGCCAGAGCCAUGUCCUGCCUCUGGGCUAGAACAGGGUAAAUAUUUCUUUAUCACACAACAACACAAAACACAUUAGGGGGUUCAGGAAGUAGAACCCUCAGUAAAUUUCCAUUUAAGGUCCCUCAGAUACCAUCUGACUGACUGAGAAUAUCAGCCCAUACCCAGCUUGGGGAAAUUGGUGCUAAUAUAAAGGCUCAGAAUCCUAAUGCUCCCAUGUAGUAAGAGUCUCCCAAAAUGACUUGGGUUGGGCUCUAAACAAAAUCUUCAGACAGGGCUGGUUUUUCCCAGGGAAGUAGCCAAUAGAGCCUUGUACCUCAGAGAACUGAGGAACAGCUAACAGUUGAUACAAGGUAUCCUGCCUGAUAGGAAACAAGAUCCUCCCCCAAAUCUUUUAGACACCUGGCACUGGGGUGGGUUGGAGCAGGCAGGAUGGAACCAGGCUGACCUUUUCUGUAUGAUUUCUCCUGGAAUUUAAGUGAACUCCUGAUUUGCCCAACCACUCGUGCACACAAGCCCAUUCAUUCUCUUUGUUCCCUAACUCUGACCAUCUAAUUGGCUCACUCAGCUUGAGCACUUAGUCCUGCAGCUUGUUCAUCAGAUUCUUACAUAUGUGCUGGGGGGACCAGGGAGCUAGGAAAGGAAUGCUGCCCAUUGUGUCACCUCUUAUGGAGCCAAGGCCAUGGGGAAAAUGAAGACAGCCAGCACCAGAUGUCAGCUUCAUUCUGCUUCAGCUUCAGAGAGCAGCUAAUGGGAUCUAUUAUGUCCAGCCUUCUUUUGCCUUUUCAAUUUUAUAGCAUGUGGAUGAUGUGCCAAGACUGGCCAGGAAGAUGGUAGGGGAAAGGGAGGACUGGGGUAUCAGUAAUUGUUCCCUGAGGAACCAAGUUCAAUAUAGCUCUUCAAAUAAAAUCUCAAUUCUAUUCUA